UCCAUCUUGGCAAAAUUAUUCCUGCGCCAGGUGCCAGUUGUGAAAAGUAGAGCUCAUCAAUCAACCACAACCCUCAAGCUGACGAGAGCAUUCGCAGCUCAUCAAAUCUCGCGCCUCCUCCCUCAAAUCCUCAAGGUCUCGAGACCCUCGGUGCUACAACCAGCAUAAUAGGUUGAAUUUCAGGUGGUCCGCACCAGGGUCUCCGAAAAACAAUUGCCAUCAUGGCGACAAUCGCAGGAGAGGAGAAACCUUUCUACUCUAAUGCAUUGUCCUUCCUGGUGGACAAUGCCCUCGCCAUUGCCAUCACAGAUACCUAUUCCAACCUAUCGGAAAAGAGAAAACUCUUGGGUCUAGAAAAUCCCGGGACCGUGGAUGGAAUUGCACGCGAGGUGCAGAAAGAUGUCCUCCUUUCCAACUUUAUGUUUUCCGGUCUGCGAUGCGACCUACAAAAAGUCUUCAGCAUAGCUCCUUUAUUCCGAUUGCAACAUGGAUUCGCUAUGGGUUCGCAGGCUCUCCCACCCUGGCAGCUGAUGGCAUUGUAUGGAACAUCAAAUGUCUUCCUACAGGCUGCGUACGCAAGCGACAAGUCACUAACCGCCUGGGGCAACCUGAGAUGGUCUCCUAAAUUCGUCACCAAGACUCAAACCGCCAUCGACCCGCGACAAUCUCAGACAAUGGUUCAAUUCGACAAUGAAUACACUGGAGAUGAUUUCUCCGCUUCGAUCAAAGCGAUAAGUCCUUCUAUUCUUGAUGGUGGCCUCACGGGCAUUGUCAUCGGUAGCUACUUGCAGAGUGUGACUCCCAGGUUGGCUCUUGGUCUGGAAGGUGUGUGGCAACGGCCCGCCUUGAAUGCUCGUCCGGAAACCGCUGUAUCCUACGCCGCAAGAUACAAGGGUACAGAUUGGAUUGCCAGUGCACAAUACUUGGCCCAAGGAUCUUUGAACACCUCAUACUGGCGACGAUUGACAGAUAAAGUCGAGGCCGGGGUUGAUUGCCAGUUGCAAUUCGCCCCUGGCAUGGGCCAGGGACUUUUCGGAGGGAUCCGACGCGAGGGCACCACCACUGUCGGCGUAAAGUACAGCUUCGCAGCUUCAGUCUAUCGUGCUCAGAUCGACAGUGCUGGCAAGUGCGGAGUGGUUCUCGAGAAACGAGUAGCACCGCCAGUUACCUUGACAUUCGCCGCCGAGAUUGAUCAAUGGAAGAACACCCACAAACUUGGACUUGCUGUUUCACUCGAAGGCGCGCCUGAAGAGCUGCAGGAGAUCGCUGAGCGAGCUGAUCCAAACGCUCUUCCCCCACCACUCUGAGCUGUAUAAAAAUUCCUCCGAUUGUUGCAGCCCGAGAUGUCCAACAGACCACCGUCUCGCGCCAAAGUCAGCACUGGUUCCAAUAGUUGUUUUACUACCUUUCACUCCUAAGCAUGUUUGAUGUCUUUUCAUCGGCCAUGCCACUCUAACACGGAAAACGAUCUAACAACCUUGAAAAGGUGUUGGAUGGGUCAGUCUCCGAUUGCAUAUCAAAUGGGCCAACGGGCGAUGAUAUGGGGGAACACUGCCUUGGGUCAUUUUGUACAUGGACAGGCGAUGAGACCUGGGGACGCUCAAAAAGAGCGAGUGUUCGACACGAAUCUGACAUACUGCAUAAUAGAAGGCCUGUAUCAACACUAUCUUGAAUCUGCAGGUUGCUAGUUUGGCUCUGCUUCUUGGUUUGGCCACAAUCUUCAUUAGUCCACUCCACCCAAUGAUUUCUCGUCGAUGGCAUCGUCUAUGAUACAUUCAGGUGAAGGAGGUUGAUAGUUUGUUAUGGUUCGCGUGGCAUAGGUAAUGUAGGGAACACUGGUCAUCCAACUGGCCUGGUCGAAGGCCAUAUGUAUGGAAAGCCUACACGUACCAAACCAUGUGAGAGCUGACAUCGCUCAGCGCCUGGAGAAUCUCUGCGACAUGUGAUACUCUUCAUACUGAAAAGGGGCAUGAGGGAUGAAGGAGAAGGUGUUGCAUUCAUCCCCGGCUCCCUCCUUGUCAAAUCGAUUGCAGAUUUUUGGUAUUGUAAGAAG